AUGGAGUCGGAAACAGGAGUGUCACGAUGGAUAGUUGUGGCCUGUUUUCUGCUUGUGAGUCUCCAAGUUUGUUCUGCUGUCAACAGUACGAGACUGUUAGUACUUGGGGACUGGGGGGGAAUCGACAUACUGCCAUACAGGACAUUGGUAGAGGUCAGCGUGGCUAAACAGAUGGGUAUUCUGGCAGAUCGGUACGCACCACAGAAUAUUCUUGCCUUAGGAGACAAUUUCUACUUUGAUGGGGUGAAGGAUGUCACAGACAAACGUUUCAAAGAAACAUACGAGGACGUUUUCACCAGGCAGUCGUUGAUGGUACCGUGGCAUGUGAUUGCAGGAAAUCAUGAUCAUAAGGGAAAUGUUUCUGCUCAAAUCGCAUAUUCUAAGAUUGACGACCGAUGGAACUUCCCUUAUUUCUACUACAAAUUAUCACUAACAGUUCCAGGGGGCGCCAACUUGGACAUCAUUAUGAUAGACACAAUAUUACUUUGUGGGAACACAGGCAUGGACCAAGACGGGGCCCAGCCCAAGGGACCGACAGAUUUUAAAGCUGCAGAUGACCAAUGGACCUGGAUCAGUAGCAUGCUGCAGUCGAGCAAAGCUGAAUUCUUGCUUGUGGCAGGUCACUUUCCUGUGUAUUCCAUCGCAGAACAUGGCCCGACAGAUUGCUUGGUUAAGCAACUUUUACCAUUAUUACAGAAAUAUCAAGUCACUGCCUACCUCAGUGGUCACGAUCACAACUUACAGCACCUGGAAUCGGUUACUUCUGAACCUCCCAUCAACAUGUUUGUGAUUGGUGCUGCAAACUUUGUUGAUACGAGUACCAAACACAGCAAGUCUGUUCCAAAUGGCUCUUCCAAAUUCAUGUGGGCCAAAGCACAGGACCUUGGGGGAUUUGCCUACAUUGAAACUGUCAGAAACAACAUGACAUUCACGUUUGUAGAUGGACGAGGGCAGUCAAUAUAUCAGAAAGUUCUCUUUCCAAGAAAAGUAUGACGAAGUGCAUUGGUCAUUUUCGACACCUUAUACUGUUUCUGAUAUGAAAUUGAACUAUUUUUUACGGCAUCGAUACUUUAAG